CUGGCUCUCCCGGCACUAACCGCCUCGGCUCUCUCCGGCUCUUUGCCUUGUGCUGCUUCCCCAGGCCACGGCCAGGCCCGUGCCGCGCUCCCAGGGGUGCGUGGGGGCUCGUGGUGUCCAAGAAGAGCGUGGCCCCGCCGCCCCGGCCGGGGCAGGGUGCGCGGGAUGCUCGGCAGAGGGGCCGCGGCUCUCCAGGCGGAGCCGGUGCCGAUCGGCCGAGUCGGCGUUUGGUUGUGCGGUGGUGGAGGAGCCUGCGUGGCUCUGCCGUGGUGUGUCCUGGCUCUGGUGAGGUGCCACGUGGCUGUGCCGUGGCGUGGCUGCGCCGUGGUGGCGUGUCCCUGCCACGGUGUGAUGUGGCUGCACUGUGGUUUGGCAUGUCCCUGGUGAGGUUGGAUGUGUCUCUGCCGAGGUUUGGCAUGUCCCUGGUGAGGUUGGAUGUGUCUCUGCCGAGGUUUGGCAUGUUCCUGCCAAGGUUUGGCGUGUCCCUGCUGAGGUUUGAUGCGGCUGUGCCAAAGUUUGACGUGGCUGUGCCACGGUGUGACUUGUCCCUGCCAAGGUUUGGUGUGGCUCUGCCAUGGUUUGGCGUGGCUCUGCCGUGGUUUGGUGUGGCUCUGCCAUGGUUUGGCGUGGCUCUGCCAUGGUUUGGUGUGGCUCUGCCAUGGUUUGGCGUGGCUCAGUUUGUGGAGAGAGAUCCGGGCACGGAUUGUGGUGCUGCCGAGCCCUCCCGGGGCAGCCGUGGGCUGUGCCAAGUCACUGAGGUGUGAGAUGGGCACAGCCGCCCUGGCGCUGCUCUGGGCUCCAGCAGUGGAUCCGCGGUGUGGCUGUGCCGGUGCCGGUGCCGGUGCUGGGCCGGCCGUGGUGCCACAGUGGCUCGGUUUGGUGGCAGUGGUGGUCACACCAGGCUUGUGGCAGGCUCCAGCCCCGGAGGGUGCGUUGAGCUCGGGGCUGUCUCUGGUUGUCUGUGGCACAGCCCUGCCCCGGGGGGCACAGGGGGCUCGGCAGGGACGGUGCUGCUGGAUCAGAACCGGAUGGUGCUGCCAGGUUGGAAUCAGAUGGUGCUGUCGGGUCAGAACCACCUGGUGCUGCCGGCUUGGAACUGAGCUGUGCUAUCGGGUCAGAACCACCUGGUGCUGCCGGGUCAGAACCGGACGGUGCUGCCAUGGUGGGAACCAGACGUUUCUCCAAGGCUGGAGCGUUGUGGAGGUUGCAGAGCUCCAAGGCGGAGCUGUCUGUGCACACCCCGGCUCUGCGGUGCUGUUGGGGCGCACCGCGUGUCCGCGGAGGCGGCGCGGCUCGAUGGAGGUGUCCGUGCCGUGGCAGGACACACCCGUGUCCGGCUCGGACCCCGCUCCGCGGCCUGGAGCGACGGACAGCGGCGGGGCCGGGGCAGCGGGGACCUGGUGCUGCCCUU